AGAUAUCCUAAUUUGAAGAAUGUGAGAGAGCUGAUAUACAAGAAGGGGUAUGGGCAGGUAGAUAACGAAAGAGUACCCCUUACUGAUAACAAUGUUAUUGAGCAGGCGUUAGGGAAAUAUGGCAUAAUAAGCAUAGAAGAUUUAGUACAUGAAAUUGCUACUGUUGGCCCACAAUUUAAGGAGGUUGUUAGGUUUUUGGGGCCAUUGCAGUUGAACAAGCCAGAAGGAGGAUUCAAAGCGAACAAACAGUUAUUUAAGGAAGGUGGAGAAGCAGGCAAUCGGGAGGAUCAAAUCAAUGAUUUGAUUGAUAGAAUGAACUAGCGGCCGUAGGGCAUGUAUCGAAAGAUUAGUUAAAGAUCUGAUAACCUUUUCUAAAUGAUCUGUAGGCAAGUAACCGUAGUCCGAAUGUCAAACCUUGUUUUUUUUUGAAUGAUCUGUAAUGGCAAUUACCCUCAAGUCUUAAGGUUUUCCUUACUUCCUGGGUCAGUCGUAAAGUUCGUGUUACCCAUGUCUAUUUUCAUUUUCACGUAAAAUCUUUUCGGUGUUUUGUUUUGCUCUUA